CCAAGCAAACAGUGUCAUGAGCAUUAGAGAGAGAGAGAGAGAGAGCACGCUCUCCGUUCACUUCAACAACAAGAUUGAAAAAAGAAAAGAAACGACCGCUCAACUAACCAUUUCAACUCCUCUCUCUCUCUCUCUCUCUCUCUCUCUCUCUCUCUCUCUCUCUCUCUCAUCCUGGGAUUCAUCCCACUCUCUCCCCACAUAGAGAGAAGAGAGGGAGAGAGGUGGCGGCAUUUCCUUGGGUACCCACAUUUGAAUCCUCAAAUCCUCCCCACUGUCACCCCCUCCACAAUCACUUCCUCUGCUUCACCAAAUCCUUCCCAAUGUGAAGAGGUGAAACGAAGGCUCAAACCUUUCAGUCCUCAGAAUGGAUCCAAGAACCCGUCUCGAUAACGCCCUGUUUCAACUCACACCAACCAGAACCAGAUGCGAUCUGGUGAUUUUUGCCGGCGGUUCGAGCGAGAAACUUGCCUCUGGAUUGCUUGAGCCGUUCCUUUCGCAUCUGAAUUACGCUAGAGAUCAGAUUCGGAAAGGCGGCUAUUCAGUUACUCUUCAGCCGCCAUUGGCCUAUUGCCCUUGGUUCACCAAAGCCACUUUACAAAGAUUUGUGAGGUUUGUUAAUUCCCCCGAGGUUCUUGAGAGGUUUGUUACGAUAGAGAGGGAGAUUUCUCAGAUUGAGAGUUCGAUUCAAUCUAAUGAACGCGCAGCUGUCACAUCAGAGACAGAAGCAGGAAACGUCUCGGUAGUGGAUGAUUACACAAAGAAAUCAACUGCUUCCUCUAAGUCGAAAGUUGAAGCCAAUGGAGGCAGUGAUGCUUUACAGGAAGAAAGUUCCAAGGUUCGUCUUCAACGUGUUCUGGAAACUCGGAGGGUGGUUCUCGGGAAAGAGCAGGCUAUGGCCUAUGCCCGUGCUUUAGUUGCAGGGUUUGAGGUGGACUGCAUAAACGAUCUCAUAUCUUUUGCUGAUGCUUUUGGAGCUUCACGUUUAAGGGAAGCCUGCAUAAAGUUCAUGGAAUUAUGCAAGAAAAAGAACGAUGACAGGCUGUGGAUGGAUGAACUAGCAGCAAUGCAGGCAUACUCUCACUCUGAGUUCCCAUACUUGGCAAACUCCGGAAUCGUUCUUGCUGGUGAAGAUAAUGACCAUAGUCAAGGAAUCGUGAUGAAUGUCAAUAACAUUGGGCUUUCUUCUGACUCAACCUUGAGUCAUGAAAGUUUAGACACUCACCAAGAUAAGAGCUUGCCAAGAUCAGCUCCGGUACAAUCGACAGAUGGGAAGCCGCAAGUACCAAUGUCAUGGCUAAACCAUGUUCCUCCAUACAUGCACAAUUUUCCGGGUCAUCUGUUUCAACAGAUGACCCCGUAUCAAGGGUACCCAUUUCCUGGUAUGCAAGUACCCCCUCCAUAUUAUCCAGGAAAUAUGCAAUGGCCACCAAAUAUGGAAGGUUCCAGCUUGGGUCUUGAUCAGGAACCACGUGAUCACCGGCAUCGCCAAUCAUAUUCGAGGAAGAAAGAAAAAUCUUCACAUGUAAAGCGAUCACAAAAUACAGAACAAGAUGAUAACACUGAGCCCAGUGAUUCCAAUUCUGUGAGUGAUUCUUCCGUUGAGCAGAUAGAUAGGAAAAGGCAUGCGAAAAGGUCAUCAAGAAAAGUUGUUAUUCGAAACAUUAAUUACAUCACUUCAAAGGGAGAUGGAGGAAAGGGCAGUGCCUCCGAAGAUAAUUCAUUUGAUGAAAAUGAACUCAAGGAAGAAGAUUCUUUUAAGCAUCAGGUAGAGGAGGCUGUUGGUUCUUUGGAGAGACAACGUAAAUCAAACUCGCAUAGUAAAAAGAAACGAAAUGGGAUCAGACACCAUAGUAUUGUGAAUGGAUCAAAUAAUGCUGGCGAACAAGAUAAUGAGAAUUUGAAUGCUAAUGUUUCUAAAGGAGAUAAGAGAACUGAGAAUUGGGAUAUUUUCCAGAAUCUCCUUAUGAGGGAAACAGAUUCGAGAUCUAAUGAUACAAUUGAGAGCUCCAGGGAAGGAAUAGCAUUUGAACUUAACGUGGACUCUGAGAAAGUGACGAAACCUCAUGCUUCAACUGAUUCCUUUAUUGUUACUGACAUGGGUAGAAGUAACGAGCGUAAAAUCCAUGCGGAGAGCUUUGAAGUCAGUGAUACCGUUCGGCCAAUUAGCAAGACAAGAAACAGCACAUAUGAGGAGGAGUUGUUAUAUUCACAGGGAACUGAAAAAUCAAAAAGCCACUCUCGGGCUAUUUUAUCUGAUUUUGGAACUGAAUCUUCUGUCAUCAAGAGCCAAAAAGGAGAAGAUUGGUUCCCUGGUAACCAACCGGAUAACUCAGCAACUUUGUAUCAAGGUGCACACCAAAAUAAAUUUGAUGGAGAUUACAUUAACCUACGUGUGGUUGAUCAGUCUCAGAUUGAGAAGAAUAAGAAAGACGUUCUUGUCGAUGAUUCCUUCAUGGUUCAAGCUCGUCCUAUGGACAAUGACCAAUUGGACUCUCAACCGAAGAUGGACUUAUAUUUGGUCUCAGACAUUGCUGGAGCUACCCAACAAAGUAUAAGCUUUCCAAAUAAUUCACAAGAGAAGGUUGAAACUGCUGGUAUCUCUGAACCAGAUGACCUAUGCAUGGUACUUGGACGGAAUUCAGACGGGCAGCAAGUUGUGGUGUCUUGGAAUCCCGAAAUAGAUUAUGGAAACAUCAAUUCAUUGGCAGAAUCUGUUGAAAGACUGCCCAAGGGGGAACCAGCCAAUGGUGUUGAUGUCGCUAAGGAGUCCUCUUCUAGUAAAGGAACCAAAAGUAAAGCUAAUAGAGCACCUGGAGGAAAAGCUUCGAGUAAGGAAGCAACGGCUAAAACCUCAGUUGGGUCUCUUGGAAGGAGCAGAUCGGAGAUCAUAUCAAGGAGUACAAAACAAACAUCUUCUGGAAGCAGAACUGUGAGUCAGAAGAGCAAAUCUGAGAAGGAAGAAGAAAAAAGGAAGAUAAUGGAGGAAUUACGAAUUGAACGUCAAAAGAGAAUUGCUGAAAGAAGUGCUGCAAGUGGUCACAAUCCAGCGACAACUAAGAGGACCUCCAAAGGGAAUAAGACAGAAGUAAUUUCCAUGAAGAAUGAGAAGCCGAAACUUCAGUCCCCAGAGAAGGAGAUGGAGAAGUUACAAAAGCCCGUUCUGAAGACUUCCACCAUAGACCGUCUAGCAUCGGCAAAGGUGACUCACAAGUUGCCAUCAACUGAACUCAAAUCCAGCCAACCUAGAAAAGCAAUCUCUAAGGCUUAUGGCACUGAGAACAAGAAACUGGGUACUGAGAAGGUCAAACAUUUGGAUAAAAAAGAAAGCCCCAGUAAAUCAAAUGGAUCACUAUCUGCUGCCUCUGUUGCCCAUAGUAAAACGGAUGGUGAUAAUCUCAUACUAGCAUUACCGGCCACUGAACUUGCAACUCAACCUUCUGAUGCCAUUGAUGGCUCUAAAAACAUUGAACAGGUACGUAGAAUGUCCUCAAUUGAAGAAAAUGGAGACAAGGAUCUGCCCAGUGAGUCUUUGGAGGAUAAGAUCUAUAGAACGAAUUCACCUAAGGGGAACUUUUCCAUGCCUAUUCAAGAUCAUUCUGCACAACUGGAUUAUGUGAAAGGUGAUAAUCACUCAACAGCUUCUAAUGGCCGUGCUCAAUUUUCCCCUGAAGUCACUGUACAUUUCUUUCCAUCGUCACCUAAGAAAGCUUUGAGCACUGCUACCUUGCCCAUUGGUAAGAAUAAUGUGGCAAAGGAACAAUUUGAUAUCUCACCUGGACUAACUGUCAUACAAGUGGCAACACCACCACCAGAAGAUGAAAUGACCACACUUAACCACUCCCGGAAAAAGUGGAACAGUGGUGAGCACUCUCCUAAAGCUAUGAAAGGGUUCAAAAAACUUCUCUUUUUUGGUAGGAAAAACUUCUCCUAAAGCGAUGUUGAUACUUGCUUGAUGCUCAUGUUUACACACCGCUUCAUUAUUCCCCCAGCUUCAAGAAAUGGAGGAAGAGCAAAAGUCACCUCUGAAAUUGAUGGAUUGUCAAGCCAAUGCAUAUCUUUUGGCUGCCACGGACAAUAAGGCAUUGAGUGUUGCUGCCAUUGAGUUUUCGUAGUUAGUGAGCUUGCAAGCAUUUUUUGUUGAGUAUGUUGAAUUCCGAAUGGAUAUCCCCUGAGAAUCUAUUUGUAUUAUAUGUUAAAUCAUGUAAUUCUUAUCUUUGUUUCUGUGAAACCCCUGUAAUGUCCAUUAUGUACAGUAGAAACUUCAUUCUUCCUUUGUGUAUUAUUUGGUUCUGUGCAGCUAUUUUGAAACAAUUUUUUACCUCC